UCAAACGUCUGGGUUGGCACUAUAUCCAGUUGAGGAUCGAGUAAUGUCUUGAGGAUGUGAAAGUAUCGUCGACAUAUUACACCUCUUUCACCCGCCUCUUACGAGAAACAAGCGGGGACUUGUUGACCUUGACAGGAGCUUACAUGGAGUGGAUUUCGAAGAGCAGAGGCAGUGUCAUCUAAGGGUUGUACUCGAACAAACUCGACUUCAGGCUUCUUUCACCAAUUUGACAUCAUCGUCGGUCGCCUUGACAACCGAGUGUCUCCCGCUGCACUCACAUUGACUAACACCUGCCUUCCAUUUACUCAACCCCCGCACCUCACAAAACCCUUCAACACUUCACCCGCACACUCGGCCAAGCGGAACGGUACCACGCCUCGCAAUGCCUACGCUCAAGGAUCUCACCUGCUCGAUCGAGCUCUCGGACGACCAAACCGCACUACAAGAGUUCGGCACCAUCUACGGAGAUGGCUGCGUUGAGACCUUCAUCCCCGUACCCAGCAAGUCGCACUCAUUCUCGGUUCAUCUCAGCUCCAAAAAGUUCAUUGCCCCUGGAAUCGCAAUGUAUGUCUUCAUAGACGGCGUGUAUCAAUGCAAUCGCAACAGACAGGACUUAAAGCUGCGCAAGCCGGAUGAUCGUCGGUCUUUGGUCGAUUUCAGAGUCAGGCAGAAGGAGGAGAAGCAGAAAGAUGGGUCUAUGAUUGCGCGUGAGUGGACGUUUGAGAAGCUGAAUGCUUCUGCGAAUGAUGCACCAGAUUUGUGCUCGCCAAAUAUCCUCGACAAUAUAGGCUGCAUCGAAGUCAUUGUGCUUCGCUGCGCUGGCCCUCGCAACGCCAAAAAUGCACCUAAUAUGAACCUUGAUGGCGCAGGUGAUGUGCCUGACUUUCACUUCAGCUUGGAUGGGCCGUCAGACGGACGAUCGAUUUACGAUGAUCGACUGCCUUUCUCUACGGGAUACAACGGUCGUGUCCCUUCUGUGCCUUCACAGUAUCGCUCGCCCUACGCUGAGACAGCCCGUAGUCGCGAGGGGACGGCAGUGCGAAGCCGGCGUAGCACUCAGACUGGGUGGGGCGUUCCAUCAGCUCCUCCACCCAGCCAUCAGCGUGCACAAUCGAGGUACUCAGAGCCCGUCAGUCCUGGUACGCGACCAAAGGGCAACAUAUCUCUCUCUGGCGUUCAAUAUGGCAGUGGACCUAUUCCCAGGGAUGAAUCCGACCGAGAUCACACACCUAGCAGCCUAUCGUCGAAUACUCCCAUGGUCGAUCCAGCAUGGCUCGACAAGCUGGUAACAACAGCAGUCAAGCGUGGCGUGGAAGAAGCACGUCGGAACGAGACGCCAUUGGACCAACCUAUAGAGCAUAAACAGACUGUAGUCGGUGUUGCAGCUGCCAGUCAGCCUCCCGGAGCAUGGCCCAUGUCACCGUUCAGCACUCCUGUGCAGGUGACAUCAUCAGAAUCCAACAUGCCCAACUCUGACGAAGACCGCGGCACAACGUGGAGUGAAUCACAGAGCGGCUGGCAGCAAUCUCCCGCUCGCAGCAGAGCAGGGACGCGGGUCACUUGGAAUGAAGAGCCAGUGUGGGACAGUUCGUCCCAGGCCAACGGAUGGGCCUCACUGGAGGACAACAACGUCGACUCCUGGGAUACAGACGAGACAUGGGCAACCAAGAAUUCCGAUGCAAAGGAAUCAUCGAGCCGAGGAAGUAGAUCCAGAGCUCCUGUUGCUCUCAGCAUGCGACAUGUGUCUCCUGGUACAGUUCGCACGCGCCGCUCACGCUCCAGGGUGUCUCGUCCGCGAGGUUCUACGCUGAGAAACGAGUUGAGUUCUUCUUCCGAGGACAACGAGGGCUGGACGCAUGUUGAGCGCGCAUCGACCUCUGAUGCUUCGUGGGAGAUCUCAGACGACACGGUGAGGCCCGAGCAGUCGCGGAGCCAGGUACUACCUUCAAGGAGCAAAUCGAAGAAGCGUGCGCCAUCCCAUCACAGUGAGCGACCCCACGCACCACCGUCGCACUACAGUGAGCAUUCCCACCAUACGCCAUCUCACCACGACCACAAACAAACACACUAUCCUUUCGAACCUCCUAUUUGGCAUCCGGCAAGCAUAGCCCCUACCGCUAUCCCCAUGAACGCACCACCCACAUACUCCGCACCACCACCCUCCGCACACCCAGCAGAACCCCCCACGCGAAAAGUCAGCAUGCACACCGAACCCGCGCUAUCCGUCGCUCCACCACCGAGUUGGGGUUGUGCUGUCCCUGAGAAAACGAGGGUGCACAGCAUGGCGACGACAUACACGCCUCCCGCGCCGUACGGCAUUACUCUGGACGAGCUGGUAAAGAGCACGAAGGGGAGCGUGGUCAACGAGGCUCGAUCGGCGAGUUCUUCGUCCUGGGGUGUUGGGAAGAAUGGUGGUGAGGACAGGAAGGCGAAGGUAUCUGGGGAAAAGACGGCGUCGAGGUCUUCGUCUUGGGAGAGUGGGGGGAAGGUCGGGGGUAAGAUGGAUUUAUGGGGGAACGAGGAGUCUGGCGCCGGAGAGAGUUCGUGGGGAAGUGGUGGUGGUGGUGGUGGUGAUGGUGACGGGGCGAAGACUGCUUCGAUGCGUGGUGGUAGGGAGAGCUCGUGGGGUGAGUCUGCUGACCAAAAUUAUGGCUGGGGCGAUGAUAACGGAAAAGACAACGACAACGACAACGGCUGGGGUACGUCUAACGUCGAAGCCGAAGCCGAACCCAAGCACGAAAACACCCAGCCACCCCCAACCGCCAUCCACACCAGCAAAUGGCCCUCACCCCCCGACAACCCAGCGAGCAGCACCUGGGCCACGCAAGCCACCACCCCGACCGCCGCACGCCCAGCAAAGCAGAAGAAGAGAUCUACCGCCGCCGUCAUACCAGACCCCCUCCCACCCGCAUCACACCCGUCUAAACCUCCCAAACAAUUUCCCCCAAAGAUACUCCCCCUCCCCCCUACCAUCCCCAACCCCUCCCCAUCCCCGAACUGGCGCUUCCCUCCCCCUCCCCCAAGCUCACCCUCCCCCCACGCAGGCCCCCACCACGAAGUCCGCACAGGUGCAGCGACGAAAUACGGACACGUCAUCGGACGGCCCGCGUAUGUGGAUGGUUUGGAUCGGCCGUAUGCUGUGUUUCGGUUCAAGUAUCGCUCUCGGGAGGUUUUGGGGGGGAUGUUUGGAAGGGCGGAGGGUUGUGGAGAGGAGAAGAAGGGGAGGGAUGAUGGGGAGAAAGACUCGGAUAGUGUUAUUGCGAGGGGGUUUACGGAGAGGUGGGUUGAGAGGCAUUCUAGGAGGGAUAGUGGCAGGGAUGAGGGUGGGGUUAAGGUGAAGUGGUAG